AUGCAGGCGCCGACCUCUUCCCAGCGCAUGCAACGGCGCUCCCCAGGUGCCGAACCUGGGCCGCCGCCGAAUGUGCCCGUCCGGUCAAUAUCACCGGGUACCGGUAUGCAGCCGAGAGCUUCCAACGCCUCAAACCGAUCCGCCCCGCCAAAUGGGAUGCGGAGAUCAAAUAAUUCUACCAGCAGUUCAGCCAUGCCUCUAUCACAAAUUGAGAAGAGCGUCACCCACCUGCUAGUCGCAACCAAACAACUACUGGAAACCCUUACACAAUGGUCGCGCGGCCAAGCUACUGACGGUCAGGUGUCCGAUGUGUAUGUCAGACUAGGAUACGAGUUCAACAUGGCAUGCCGAGCCUUCACUGCCAUCAACGUGGAUACCUCCGACCUGGGCAACGUUCCCGAACUGUUACGAAGCAUACUAGAGUCUACCUUGAGCCAAGAAGCGAGCACCGAAAGCUUGGAGAAAUACCUUCCACGGAUUCGAGACAUCAUCAUCAACCUGCUCCAUGGAUUGAAGCGCAAACAGCAAAAGCUGCGGCAAAAACAACCACGAGACAGGGAAAGCGGGGGCUCAGGAGGCGCGCCGGAGCGGACGACAAGCACGAGCACGAUUGGCAGUGGCAACACUGGGUUAACGAAUCUGUUGGAGGAGGGCAUUCAGAAUGGCUAUCGACCAGACGCUCAGAGGGAAUCCUCCCAAUCUGCCGGUGCCGCCCCAGCAAGCACCUCUCCAAGUCGUCGCCACCUGCCCCCGAGAGAUCAGUCGCGCGGCUCCGUCAACUCGGAGCAGUCUUCCAUGUCUAGCACGACAAUGCAAAACAUCCCCGUCAUGCCUCCGUACCCCGGAGAUGAGGCGACGAUGCCCUCUGCGCAAUCUGGAGAAGUCAACGUUGACUCUUUCCCGCCGCCACCGCCUCCUCCAAAGCAGCAAUCAAGCGCAUUCGCGGCUUUGCAGAAGGGCGGUGACCUGGAGAGAAGAGCUUCUCGGCGUUACUCGCAGUAUCAAAUAUCUAAGCACCUAGGCAGUGCCAUGAAUGGCCCACAACUAGAUACCUCUCCGGCACCGAGCCGAAUCAACAAUGAGGCCGCAGCGGAGCUGUCGGCAGGCAGGCCCGAAAGUCCAACGAUUCAAACGCCGGAGGACAAGUACCCAAAACCCAGCGCUACCCUGAGAGGCCCUCUCAGCGAUGAUCUUCCUAUUAUGUCACCUGACGACGAUGAUGGCAAGCCUGAACCACCACGCAAGGACGAACCGAAGGUUUCACCGGGGGUCAAGACCCCGGAGAAGAAGCGCGAUGCCAGCUUCCUUCACGAGCAGUCUCCGCCGCUCACCACGGAGCUGACGUUGUUCUUGCAAUACAAGUCCAAAGUCAAGAAGUUUGUGCUGCCUGAGGGGUACAGCGAGCUCUCGAUCGGACGCCUUCAGCUGGCCUUUAUCGAAAAGUUCUCUUGGAAUACGCACUCCAACGGUGCUGAUCUUCCAGAGAUUUAUAUACAAGACCCCGUAUCCGGGGUUAGGCACGAACUUGAAGACCUGUCAGACAUAAAGGACCGAACAGUGUUAGCUUUGAAUGUCGAGGCGCUCGAUGAAGUAAAACGCCACAUCGACGAGGGCAUCGGGCAACUGAAGAAGAUAGUACAGGAUGUGAAGCAGAACCAAGACGACCAGGGUCUGGCCCUUCAGCGAGUUUCGGAACGUCAGCAAGAGGCGGUUGCGGAGAUGGCCAGGCUUGCUGCCGCCCCUCCGGCUGUGUCUGCGCCUGCUGAUGGAUCCAAGUCAGUGAGCCUUGCUGGCGGCCGUAAGCUUGCCUCCGGACACAUCACCGAGAUCCAGACUCUGCGACGUGACCUCGCUGUCAUGCGCCAGGCCUACUCCAGCUUCCAGUCGGAGAUUCAAGGCUCCAUGUCAGCCAUCCGCAGCAAGGCAAGCAACGUCAAGGCGGCGGUGGUCAAGGCCUCGAUACCGACCAUUGAUGGCGAGACUGGCCAUGCCUACGUCACCAAGGGUCGCGAGCAGCUCAACACAGAUUCCGAUCGGCUCGUCACAAAGGUCGACGACUUGCAAGAUUUGGUCGAAGACCUCCGCAAGGAUGUGGUUCUCCGUGGUGUGCGGCCCCUGCCUAGGCAACUGGAGACUGUCGCGAUGGAUAUCACGAAGCUUUCCAAGGAGCUCAAGAAGGUGGAGGAUUACAUGAAGGAAGAGAAGCCCAUCUGGACCAAGAUCUGGGAGAAGGAGCUUGAGGACGUGUGCAAGGGCCGUGAUGAGCUGCGCCUUAUGGAGGAUCUCAUGAUUGAUCUGCAGGAUGACCUGGAGAAGGCGUCCGAGACCUUUGCGCUCGUCGAGCAGGCUACCAAGGAGCAGUUGAAGGACAACGGGACGGGCGCCAGCGCCGGCAGUGCGCGUAACUUUUCCAAGGGGCUGAACGGUAUCGGAAACAACCUCGACCCGAAUGCGGCCAAGGAUGGUGUUCUCGGCGAGGUGAGGGCUCUUCAGCCCAACCACGAGAACCGCCUUGAGGCCAUCGAGCGCGCGGAGAAACUGAGACAGAAGGAGCUUGAGGGCCGGAAGGGUAACGAGCUGCAGAGGGAGCUGUCCAACUUUGUCGAGGAGGGCAAGUUGAAGAAGUCUGGCGGCUUCGAGGAGGUGGAAAGGGCGCGCACGGCCAAGGAUGAUAUGAUUCGAAGGCAGGUCUGGGAGAGGCAAAAUGGUAUCGUUGCGGAGGAGGGCGAGGAGGAGGAAGAGGAGGUUGAAUACGAAGAAGUGGAAGAAGAGGAAGAAGAAGAGGAAGAGGAAGGAGAGGUGGCGGCGGAAGCGGCGGCGGCGGCGGGCGAGCCGGAGAAAGCCGCUGCUGCGCCGGCUCCAUGA